AGACGUAAACAACGCGCGCGGGCGCGGGGAAUUAUGGGAUAUCUUCCCUCGGCGGCGCGGUGCUGCCAUGUCUCCUGAAGAUAAACGGCGGCUAGUCGUUUUCUCUGCUGCGGUGUUCUCUUUAUUCCUCCUUUUACUUGUUUUGAGCUACAUACCAGCUUAUUUGUACAUACUUUUUAUCUGUGUCGUGUCUUCUGUAGUUUAUUUUCAUAAAGCGGAGGAGCUGCAGCUCUUCGAGAGACUAGGCCUCAAUCCUCGCCGUGGACUGAGCGUCCCGUCGGCUCUGCUGCGCUGGUUACCGGGCAAGACUUUAAGUGGAGUCCCGGCCGCCAACAGAAACAAGUUACGUAAAAGUGAUGCUAGUAAUUCUUUCGUGUCACCCAGCGAUAGACACUUUGCGGGCUCAUAUCAUAAAAGAGACCACACGCUCAGUGACUCGGUGUUCAGCCCUCGGGAUAUACUCAUGGGAAGUUACCUCGCCAAGACUGAAGAAAGCCCCUCCGCAGCGGUGAGGUCCGCUGCAGGCUCGGGGGCUUUCAUGCGCCCCAGAGAUCAGCUCCGGGAGAGACUCGCCCGACCGAAUCAUGCUGUGCACACCCCUAACAGAAGACUGUCAUUCGGGGACACUGUGGGCACUGCAAGUCGGUUCACCAUCACCCCCCAAAGACAUUAUCCCCUUCAGCAGACGGGGACGUCCUCCAUUGGAGUGAUUCCACCUGGAAACUGGGAUGGUUUGCGUAAGAAGAAUGUCCUCACCCAACGCAAUUCACCUGCUGUUCACAGUCUGGUCACGGUGAAGAUUGCCAGACCAGACCCCACUCGAUCAUCAUUCUUCAAUCACGUGAAUUCCCCUGAAGCAGUCAAAUCUCCAGUUAUUGGAACCCAGACAGACCCCUGCUCCAGAGAAGCUGUUCUGAGCGUGCUCCGAGAAAGCAGGAAGAGGGAGGUUGAUGAGGAGGACAGGAGUGCUUCUUCUGGUCAGAAGAGCAAAAGGAGGCGACAUGACAGCAGCGGAAGCUCUCAGUCAGCGUUUGAGCCACUUCUUGCAAAUGGAGCUCCAUCUCAGCUUGUGCCAAAGUGGGUGACCAUACACCUUCCAUUACCAGGUAGUUUGAAGAGAGGGAUGAACUCUUCUCUCAAUGAAGAGUCCAUUAUGAAGCGUUCUCGAACCUCCUCUAUCAGCUCUGUAAGUGGUGCUCCUGUUCCCAGUGGGGUGCCUGGAUCUAUCCGAAAUCCCAUUCGGAGUUCUUACAGUUCUUCACAGGGUUAUCCACAGAGAAGAGCAGCAUCCAGUCUCAGUCUUUCUCCUUUCACAAGCCCAGGAGGUUCUCGGUGUCAGACUCCAGAGCGAGCUGCUAAGAAAGCAAGGGAGGAAGAUGCUACCUCACCAAGUUCUACUUCCUUUGUGAAAAUGGAUAAGGUGGCAGCUGACCCUGCACCUGCUACUACUAAACCUACUCCAAAAUCUGAGGCACAUGUUGCAUCAAGAACGACAUCUGACUCUGGAGGUGGCAGUGGCAAACGUAAGCGCAAAAUCCAGCUGGUGACCACAAACAGAGGAGAUCAGAUUUCUUUGCCACCACCUCCUGAACUUGGCUAUACGAUCACAGUGAAAGAUCUAGAUAUGGAGAAGAAAGCCGCUCUCAGCCAGAUACAGAAGGUCCUGGAGGAGCCUGAGCCAGAGAUCCCUCCUCCAUCUUCUGAACCCACUCCGACUCCGGCUCCCUCUUUAACCCUGUUCUCUCAGCCAGCUCCAACGUCUUCAUCUGGGACUACACCUGCCGUGAGCGCUGCGCCCUCUCUGAUAUCUCUCUCCACACCUGUGCCUGUGACCUCACCAGCCACUACUACAACUCCCGCUCCAACUAUCGACCUCACUAUCACUGCACCCCUCACUCUCACCUCAGCCCCCUCCAUCUCUACCACACCAGCUGCUCCAACUGCUCCAUCUACAAGCAUCUCAAACCCUCUCCUGGAGUCCCUGAAAAACAUGAAGAAUAAUCCGCUUCUCAAUGCUCCCACUCUAAUGGGCACUACCACUGCAGCACCAGCAGUGUCUGCGUCCAGUCUUUCUACAACUGCUUUUGCCCCCACAAACCCGAGCAGUGGAGUUGUCAAAUCUGAGUCGGGCCUUGCCACUCUGCAGCCCUCAUUCUCUACCCAAUCCUUCAUAUCAACACUUGCCUCCAAGCCAGCCACUUCCAUGCCCUCUGCAUUUGCUCAGAUCCUGUCCCAACCUCUUCAACCCACAUCCAGCAAGCCAGCCCUUGGUGGAGGAGGCAGCCUGUUCAGUUCGAUUAAUCCUGUGGCCACUCCUGAACCUAAGCCUCCUAAAUCCACAGUUGCUGCACCUACGACCACAGUUGCAUCAGUCAAUAGCAUUAGCAGUUCCCUGUCAUCUGGAUUUAAGCCCAUUUUCGGGGCAGCAAGCACCACGCCUGCUUCCUCAGCAGAGGUCAAACCCACCCAGCCCACCUUCAAGCCUUUAUUUGGCACAGGAGGUGGCAUUAGUUCCUUUGGGCAGACACCAACAACAUCAACCCCUGCUGCUCCAGUUUCACAGAACAGUGGGAUGUUAUUUGGUGGAUUAACCAGUACCCAGUCAUCGAUGGGGUCCACAUCAUCUCCCGCCCCAACCACACAAACUUCUUCCCAGUCUCUGAUUGGAAGCUGGACCGCAACAGCCACAUCCACUCCUGCAACAAAUGCCACGUUCCAAUUUGGAGCCACACUGACUGCGACGGCUGCUCCUACGCUAAACACCAACACUGUUAAUGUUAGUGGCACCACCUCUGCUUUUCAGUUUGGAGCAGCAAAACCUGCACCCGCCCCACAGGCCCAAAGCACGUUCACAUUUGGCCAGCUUUCGGCAAACCAGAACUCCACAUCCACUCCGUUUGGUGGGUUUGGCAUGACCAGCAGUACCACUACAUCCUCAGAGACGCCCACAAAGCAAACCACUUUCGGGAGCUCAACCUUCACUGCACCGUCAACCUUCCCAGCAUCCACACAGCAGACCCCCGCUGCUUCAAAGCCUUUCACGUUUGGGGCCGGCGGUGGAAGUAGUGGAACAUCAACAUUCAUGUUUGGAGCCGCUGCCAGCACAGCAGCACCUGCGUUUGGGACUACCAGUCAGCCUACAUUUGGUGGAGCUGGCUUCUCUUUUGGAAACACCACAACCCCUUCUGCGGCUCCUGCCUUUGGUGCCUCCACACAGACUGUGGCUCCUCUCCCAGCCCCGGCUCCUACAUUCACCUUUGGAGGGGCAUCAACAGCCACUCAGAACGCUGCUCCGAGUACUCCGGCGCCUCCUGCUUCUGGAGGGUUUAACUUUGGGGCUUCGCUCUCAGCAGCACCGUUUGGAACCCCUGCGCCUGCAGCUCAUACGCAAGGAUUUUCCUUUGGAGCCAGUAACCCUGAUAACAAGCCUGCUUUUGGAACAUCAACUCCUGCUUUUGGCCAGGCCUCUGCAGGAAUGUCAGUGCCAUUCGGCAGUCCUGGAACCCCAGGAUUUGGAGCAAUGGGUGCCUCACCAUUUGGUGUUUCACCAGCCACCUUCUCUAUUGGAACAGGCUCCAAGGCCACUGCGCCUCGACGAUUACAAGCACGCAGACAGCACCCAAGAAAGAAGUAAUGUGGCUGAUGUGAGUCCUGUCCCUGUCAUUAUGGUCAUCUGGACUCUGCAACCACUCUUCCGGCUGUCCCACCUGCCCCAGACACCGCUGCUACUGCUGCUGGUCCAAACACAACAAGGCUCUCAGUCAGACCUCAUCUCUACAACCCUACAGGGUUACUGUCAGGGCUGGUCAGGCGUCUAGGAUCGAGGCUCAUGGGGUGUUGAUUUUAGAGUACCGGGCAGCCCGUCUCUGCUGUUGGCUGCGCCCACCGAAACUCACCACAACCUCACUAUUGGAGUCUGUAAAUGUCUGAUGAGGGCGUCUGGGGUCGGGGAUGGAUGGCAAAUGGGAGUUGAAUUAUACUUGAAAGAAAAAGAGACUUUCAAAUCUGGACUCACACAUAAAUUCAGUCCAGGCCUGUUAAUUUUGACUCUUUUGUUGGAGUAGUCAAAUGCCCUCUUUUUUUAGAUCCGGUUAAUACAUUUUUUUUUCUUUUUUUGCAGUAAGUGUAGAUUUGUCAUUCUUUUUCAUCAUGCUUAGUAGAAUUUGUAUUUAUUUUUGUUAAGCCUUCAAAACGUGAAUGUUUCCCGUUUCAUUUAGUUUUUUUUUUUUUUUAUAUAAUAAACCAUCAAAUUUUACAUAGCUUUUUCUUCACAUUCUUUUAAGAGAAGCACUGUUUAUGUAUCUGUUUAUCAUACAUUGGAUAUCUGUCUAAAACCAAAGCUGAUGUUUUUAGUGUGACACACCAUGCCCUGUUUUACUACCUCUCCAUUUUAAAUGUGCACCUGUGUCCUAGCUGAGAUGAUUUACUGCAGUCUGCCUCAUUCGAUCUAAAAUUAUACAGUCAGCACUUAACGCAAACAUGUAGGCAAAACCACAUUUCUAUACCCAUUGCAUCUGCCAUCAGUGUUUGUUUAUUUGACUUUCAGGCACUGGAUUUUUUUUUUUACUCAUUCAUUGCUCUGUGUGCCUUAGUGUGUUUUGCUUCUGGUUACAUAUUACGGAUGAUGUCAGAUUUGUACUCUUGAGAAAUGGAUGCUUGUUCUUUCAUAAUAAUGUGUUUCUAGAGAAUAUGAUCUCAACUCCAGUUAUUUUUGAUUACUGACUAAAGAGUCCAAUUUCAAACUCGGUAGAAGUGCAUACUUUGUGUUUGGAAACAUUUGACUGAGUGAUCAAAUUAAAUAAGUGCAAAAAAUAACUCUAAAGUGCCCCCAAAAUGUGUGAAUUUCAGGAGUAUAGAGAAUGCGGCAUUUGCAUUGAUGAAUGUUGGUUUAAAAUAAUUUUGCUCAUUUAGAUUUGAUUUAACCUAGAGAGGCUUACAUGCUAUUUAUUAUUUACAUUUUCCUUUUCGUUCUUUCUUUUUUUAAAUGUGCAUGAAAGCCAUUACUGGAGUUUUGUAUGAAAUCUAUGGGUUGCGCAUGCUUGUGAUGUUUUAAAAUAAGAUUUAGUGAAUAGUCAAGCUAAGAUUGAAAAGGCAUGUCUUGGGAUGUUGGGAAAUGCAGUCAACACAUUAUGUAGACCUCCGAUACCUGAAGAUUUGAAGUCUUAACAUGUUCUCAGGUCUGUUACGUGACAGAGCUGUCUAAUAUUUGUUUUUGUCAAUAUACGAUGUUGUAUAUCCACAAAACACUGGAUUUAAUUAGUAUUUCAAUGCACACAUAUGGAAGCACAAAAACACCAUUCAUUUUAGAGGUGUAUUGUAUUUUUAUUUGGUUUACCCUGAAAAAUCCACUGAAUUGGGGACCGCAGUUGUUUUUACAAUGAUGUAGCCAUCUUAGUCCCCCUUUGCAUGGAUUUUCUCAUGUGGGUCUUAACAUUUUGUAAUUCAUCACAUUUUUGAAGUAUCCUCAUGCCCAGACUGAUGCAAGGAGGCAUGAGCCCAGGCUUUCGGUUUAUUAGAAAGCCGUACCAAAUACAAGCGAGACGUGUAGACUGUUGAGAAAAUGAGAUGAGAGCCGGAUUUCUCAAGCUGUGAAUGUUUGAGAGCAGUUGUACCUAGUUGUAUGAUUUUCAAACGUUGCUGUUAGUGAAUGCUUAGUUUGUGCGUGAAUGGAGAUCUGAAUGAAGCGGCACACAGAUUGUGUUGUGUCUGCAUAAAUGCUCUGAUAAUGACAUGCUGGUUUCCAAUAAAAUGUAAAGUUGA